CGGUCUCGAACGCAGCAGCAGUUAUUCUUUCCCAGCCGCUGGUGGCAGCUAGCAUAAAAAAACUUUUUAGCUUGUAGUUAAACUUUAUGCUUCUGUGUAUUCAUUACCAUUUGUGCCAACAGGCUAUAAAACAUUUUACCUCACAAUGACUGUCGACGGUGAAUCUUUGAGAGCAGGCAGUUUGACGAAGCACAAAAAAGUACGCGGGGAAGUUCCCUAGGAAAUCCCCCUAGACUGUUCGGGGAUAUUAUUGUCGAACUGAUGCGCCAGAUCCUCCGACACAGUCGACCUCCUCGGUCCCUUUCUAAAGAGACAGGACUAGGAGCAGAGGCGUCAAAUGUUGGAUUAUUAAGUGAUCUUUGUGUUAACUCUACCGAGCCCGCAAUGGAUAACGUCAGUAUGAGCACGGAUAACGAUAUGCUUAAAGACAAAAUCCGGAGUUACAGCACACUGAAUACUCUUUAUCAUGAGACUCUGCAGGAAAUCGACCUUCUGAACAAACAGGUCAUUCUGAAGGACAAUAUCAUCGCAGAUUUAAAAGUGAAGCUGGGGAGAUAUGAGAGGAUCUACAUGACAGUGGGAGAUAAGGAGUCUAUGGUCAUCGGGCCGUCCAAAUCGUUGCUGGAGAGCUUGUGUAAAGAAAUAUGCAAACAGAAACAGAAGAGGAACGAUAUGGAGUUCAAGGCAUCUCGACAAGAAAAGGAGAUCCAGAGGCUGAACAUGAAGCUCAGAGAGAAGGAGCUGGAGCUGGAGAGUGUCAGGUGUCAGCCAGGCCACGAGAAGGACCAGGAGAUCCAGAGGCUACGCUUGGCCUUUGAGGAGAGGGAGCGGUCCGAGGCCACCAGAGCCGUCCUCUGCACCUCUCUGGCAGAAGAGGCCGACCAGCUGCGCAGACAGCUUGGUGCAACCGUGAAGGUGUGCCAGGAGCUGCUGGCUAGGUUAGAGAACAAGAAAGGGGAAGGAGAGGUGGAGGAAAUUGCCCAGCAGCAAAAGGCUAAGGAGACAGAAGAGCCCUCUGACAUGAGUGGUUUUAACGCUCAAAUCCGUCAACUUCAAGAGGCGAAUAAACAGCUAAAGCAGCGUGUGGCAUAUGUACAAGGUCUGAAUUCUCAGUGGCAAAAGUAUGACUCUAGCAGGGAGGAAUAUAUCAGAGGCUUAUAUCAGAGGCUGAAGGAGGCCACUGGGCAGGGCCUAAUGCCUGGGCUGGGUUCUGUCAGCAGUGGGUUGCUUCAUCAUGAGAUUUCCAGGCUCAAUGGCUUACUGGAGGAGAAGAUGAGUGAGUGUGUACGGCUUGGUAGAGAAAUGGAGGAGCUAAGGAGGCAAGACAAAGAGCGCAUCCAGACACUGGAGCAGCAGGUCCUCAUCUAUGCAGAUGAUUUUAAGUCAGAGCGUACUGACAGAGAGCGAGCACAGGGCCAGAUCCAAGACCUGAAGGAGCAGGUCUAUCAGUUAAAACAGCAGCUACACAAACAGUCAGGAGCUAGCAGGGAGAACAGAGAUGUAGUUCCCAUGUGUCGUGUGCACAUAGGACACAGGAUCUCCUCAAGGCGACAGAAGGACAAUGCAGAGCAUCUAUUGAGGACCGCUGCUGAGACGCAGCAACAGGCUGCAGCUGCAGCAGCAACAUCUGACCCCGCCUGGAAUGAAUGUCCAGGCCUGUCAGAGUUAGAGUGCCCACGAUGCCAGGCCAAGUUCAAUGAUGCGGACACUGUCGAGUACAUGAAACAUUGGGAAGAGUGUGCCAAACUAUAAACAAAACAACACUCAUUCGAAAAGGACAAUUAUCUUUUGCUGACAGUAACUGAACACUGAUGAGCAGCACUACACGGCAGAAAAUAACCCGAGUGGAUUUUUCGGUUUGGAGAGAUUUGACUACAAAUUAAACAACUGACUAAAGAUGUUUGAGCAUAUGGAAGCAAAACUGUACAACCCAUAGUUCCCCUGGCGCAAGAUAAAUGAGUUCAUCAAGCCUUUCUCAGUCUGCAGCGUUUAAAAGAAAAAAAAAAAGUGUCAGGUUCUGAAUGUUCUCCUGUGGCAAUGCAGGAAAUUAUUGUGGAGGGGAAGAGGAUGUCAAUGCAAUAUAUCAAAUAUCAUAUACCUCAAUGUGUCAAAUUACAAACCUGUUGCACUUUCUUGACAUUUAGCCAAAAAGUAAUCAUAGGAUCGUACGAGUAAAAGAUUCGUGAUGCAUAAGCUUCUUAUUUUGGAUCUAGUUGAUGAUGUGGUGCUAUUAGUAGUUUAUUUUUGAUUGAACUUUACACAUUCUGUUUUGUAAAUUAUAUAUUAAACAGAUUUAAAAUAUAUCUAUUAUAUUAAUAUUUAUUCUUUUUGCAUAUACAAUUGGAAAAGGCAGAUUUUUUUUAGUGCAAUGUUUUGUUGCCUUUUUCCCACCAAAGCCAUGAAAUAUUUUUGUAUUCCUGGUAAACCUUUUGGGUUCAAAAAUAUUACACAUUGCAAUUGGGUUUUAAAAAAACAAAACAAAACAAAAAAAAAGUUUGAGAUCCACUUUUUGAAAUGGUGUAUGUAAAGACUGCAUCCCAACUGACUAUAUGCUUAUUUUUGGAUAUCUGGUGCUGCUUUUCUCAAGCUGGCAUGUUAUUUUUGUAAUAAAAGAUUGUUUACCCAUC